AUGGUUGCUGCAACCCUUAUCCUGGCCAACUGGCAAGUUUGGGGGGCCCGCAUGAGAACAAGCUCCCUCCGUCCUACCGUCCAGUGGGACAGCAAUACAUGGCUUCGAUCUAAAUCUGGCGAAUUGGUGGCUGCACCUGAGGAACUUGUCUUCGAUUAUGAAGCAAGGACAAUUCGGCGAAGAGAAAACGCAGAUGACGACUUCGUCAAAAUCAGCGGGGCUGCUCCUACCUCCAGUGUAUCGGGAGCCAGUUCUGAGAGAUUUGCUGAAGAGCAGUGGCGCACUAUUCAGGCUAUCGCCAGAGUGAUAGCCAAAGAGAAAGUGGCUUUUACCGAUGAGGACUGGAAGAACGCCCUGGAGGCUGUUAACGACGGAUUGAACGGAAGUGGUGUACAAGCAGUACAAAGAGUCCAUACACUUAAUGACUCCCAGGUUGGCGUUUUGAAACUGGCAUUAGGUGAUCUUUUGGGUAACAACAGCUCUAGCCUAACUGCUAUUAUUGCAGCUUAG